AGUCUUUGCGCCUUCCUCCAAUCGAUGUUGCUGCGUGUGAUUCUGGCAGAACACGAGCUCGAGUUUCCGAAACGUGGAGCCUCAAGACUUGAGUAAAACAGCGUCGGUGUCAGCCGUCGGACGCGCGCGGCGUGAUGUGGGCUCGGUGUCUGGCCGGCGUCGGGGGCUCGGAGCUCGGACUGCGGGCUUCCGGGCACGGCUUGCUGCGGGCGCUCGGUGCGGGAUGUGCGGGGAAGAGGCAGGCGUCGAGUGGAGAUGUUCCCGCAAAGAAAACUCCGCUGUUUGACUUCCACAGGGAGCACGGGGGCAAAAUGGUGGAGUUUGCAGGCUGGAGUAUGCCUGUCCAAUACAAAGACAGCCACAUCGCCUCACACAUGCACACCAGAGAGCACUGCUCCAUCUUUGAUGUCAGCCACAUGCUGCAGUCCAAAGUCCUCGGCAAGGACAGGGUGAAGUUCAUGGAGUCUCUCGUAGUUGCUGACAUUGCAGAACUCAAGGAAAACCAAGGCACGUUGUCCCUCUUCACCACUGAGAAAGGAGGGAUUAUUGAUGACCUCAUUGUGACAAGGACGGACCAGGGCUACCUCUACAUCGUCUCCAACGCCGGCUGCGCCGACAAGGACUCUGCUCAUAUGAAGGCCAGACUGGCAGAGUUCAAAGCUGCAGGGUUCGAUGUGGACCUGGAGUUCAUUGACGAGGCGCUGAUUGCUGUGCAAGGUCCAUCCAUGGCUCAGGUGCUCCAGGAGGGGCUAAAAGAGGACCUCACGAAGCUGACCUUCAUGACCUCCACCUUGGCCACCGUGUUUGGUAUUCCUGGCUGCAGGGUCACUCGCUGUGGAUACACCGGGGAAGACGGGGUGGAAAUCUCUGUCCCUCAGUCCAGAGUGGUGGAGCUGACGGAGAAGCUGCUGGCUAACGCUGAGGUGAAGCUGGCCGGUUUGGGCGCCAGGGACAGUCUACGGCUGGAGGCGGGGCUUUGCCUCUACGGAAAUGACAUAGAUGAGACCACCACGCCUGUUGAGGGCUCCUUAGUAUGGACCAUAGGAAAGCGCCGGCGUCAGACCAAGGAUUUCCCCGGAGCGGACAUCAUUGUACCUCAGAUCAAAGCCAAGACGGCCAGGAAGAGAGUCGGCCUGGUGUCCUCCGGCCCACCCGUCAGACAACACACGCCCAUUCUCAGCCCUGACGGAAAGGUCAUAGGUGAAGUGACCAGCGGCUGCCCGUCUCCCUGCCUGAAAAAGAAUGUUGCCAUGGGUUACGUGGAUGCAGCAUUCGCUAAAAAUGGAACAGCCAUCCAGGUUGAAGUCAGGAAAAAAGCAGUGCCAGCCACUGUCAGCAAGAUGCCCUUUGUCCCCACCAACUACUAUUCUGGAUAGGAGGGACACACACACACACACACACACACACACACCCAUACACAGUACACAUGACACUGGAUCAUUCCUGCACUCUGUGCCAUAUUUACCAACGCUGUCCCCUUCCGUUUACCUCCAGCAAUGCUUAACCAGUGUAAGACAACACGUCUUUAUUGAUGAGUCCUCUGAGAGGAAAUAAUCCAAAAAUGCUAAACUGUUAUACGAUACGUUAUGUGCGCUGGUCUGAUGUGAUCAGACGCUUUCACUGUGUAGCACAUUAAAUGCAUAAUAGUUUGCCUUUGAGACACUGAAGCAGUGAUGUCCGUUUCCACAUUGUGAACUGACAGGUGAUCUGAGGACAACCGGACGUCACAUGAUAUAAAAAGACCUCGUGCCGGACAUUUCAAACUUGCUUUCUAAAUAACAGACAUUAUCCAGUAACACAGUGUCACGGUUACAUAUGGAUGUGUGCGCAUGAAAUUAAUUGCAAGCAGCAUUGUUGAGCCAGAGCAUGUUUGUAUAAUGUUAUGGGCUUAAAUGCUCCAUUAACAAGACAGCAGGUUAAGCUGAUUAGCUGGCCGAACCAGUGAGGCUGCGUGGAUCCAUGAAACACAAUGAUUUCAUUGACUUUUUGUUGUAGUAUAUAAGUUUUUCUAAUGAAAAGUGACAUAAUUUACUUUUACCGCUGGACCAAAACCACAAGAUUCCAAAUGGUUCUUCUGAUGUUAAAUCCCUACAUGUGUGUAAGAUUUUAAAGACUUUGACAAAAUGCACAGUCAACUUUCUAUUCAUGUUGUUGAAAACCACUUGAUCAACGGAGGUGAAAAAUAUUUCCAGAACUAAUAUCCAUUUAACACAUGUCUUUUCAGUAAACUAGAUUAGCAUUUUGGUUCUCAUCAGUAGAUUUUCUUGCAUGAAAGGAAAUGUAUUUCUAGUUUGCUCUGGAGAGUGUUCAUAAACCUCCACAUCAAAUAAAACCUUAUUUACCUUAUUCACUUACUUCAUGAUGUGAUGAACCUGAAAGAGAAGUUUACAUUACAUGAGAUAAGAAAUAUCCUAACUUUAAAAUAUGUUCCUUGUGAUUGAUGUGUUUUCUGUCUGGCACCUGAUCAUUUCUUUGUCUUCAAACUUUCUGUUGAGCCAUGACUGUGUUUUUUUGUUUAAAAUAACAAAAUUAAUAUAAACAUAAAACUACUGAUUCAAA